AUGGCACCCCUCCAGCCGGGUGACAAGUUCCCCUCCGACGUCGUCUUUGAACACGUCAAGAUCGAAAGCGACAACCCAAAGUCGGCCGGCAUGCCCUACGAUUAUGAUGCUUCGAAGGAGUGGGCAGACAAGAAGGUUGUUCUCUUCAGCGUCCCCGGAGCUUUCACGCCUGGUUGCCAGGGCGCCCACAUCCCCCCAAUCCUCGGAAGGAUCGACGAAGUCAAAAGCAAGGCUGAUAUUGUUGCCGUCAUCGGGUACAAUGAUGGCUGGGUCAUGUGUGCUUGGGGCAAGAUCAAUGGCAUCUCGGACGACAAGAUCCUCUUCUUGAGCGACUCAAAGACGCAAUUCUCCAAGAGCCAUGGCUGGGAAGCAGGAGUUGGCGGCCGCAACGGCCGAUACGCCAUGGUGAUCGAUCACGGCAAGGUGGUAUACGCCGAUGUGGACAAAGACUUCACACAGGUUACAGUCUCAGGAGUAGAGUCAGUCUUGAAGAGCUUGUAA